GGUACCUAGUGUGAUUCGAACCUUGCUCAAUAAAUUUAUUGACGGAGAGAAAAAGAUUCUUAUUUUAGACCAUAAAAAUCAGAAAAUGACGACUUGCUCGAUCCUGAAUUCCCAAUUUCCUUCUUGUCUUAGAGAGUUUCAGUGUGUCAGCAGCAAUCAAAGUGGUACACUAAUCGGCGGUGCCUUUCACUCGAACCCACUUUUUCGACUCAGAAAUCGACACUCCGUCCAGUCUCCUCGAAAUUGUCGUCCAAUCAGAGCUUCAAAAACCACAGCCAUGGCUUCCGAGCAGAGCCAAGGCACCGUAGAAGCUGUUCCCAACUCUUCGAUGACCCUAUUGUUCGUUGAGAUGGGUGUUGGCUACGAUCAACACGGGCAAGACAUUACAGCGGCAGCGAUGCGGGCUUGCAGGGAUGCCAUCUCCUCCAAUUCAAUCCCCGCCUUCCGAAGAGGGUCUAUUCCCGGUGUUUCAUUUGAUCAGAUGAAACUGCAGAUUAAGCUGGGAGUUCCUCAACCUCUCCAACAGUCCCUAGAUACUGAGAAGGUCAAGUCCAUCUUUCCUUACGGAAAAAUUGUGAAUUUUGAAGUUGUUGAUGGUGGCCUGAUAUGCUCAAGUGGUGUGCAUGUGGAAGAAAUGGGAGAUAAGAAUGAUGACUGCUACAUAGUGAAUGCAGCUGUUUAUGUAGGUUACUAAAGUUGCGGUUUAAUCUCCUCCCUGAGUUUUGUUGGUUGGUUUUCUCCUCUUCAUCCACUAACUUUAAACAAUAAAACUCUGUUGGUGGUCCAAUUUUCAAUGGCUGGUGGGCAAAAACAAAAUGAGAUCUUUGUUGACGUACAAUUGUUGUUGUUGUUGAUUAGUGUCAACUAUUAAUUCUAUACAGUAAAAACUGAACCAUAUGCAUUUCAAUUAACACUGCUAGAUUUCAUGUGUGCUAAGAA